AUGCAAGAGGAUGCCUUCUACCUGAGGAGUGAGCUGCCGCCGGAGCUGGCAGGCGGCGAACCCCGAAGGGAGCAGGUGGUGGAUAAGCGGGUCGAGUUCGAGGUUCGGGUGAUGCCAGAUGGCAAAGUCCGAGCGGAGAGGAUCGUCUUCCUGCGGGGCCCGGGACCACCGGGCCCGCCACCGGCUCCCAUGGCUCCCAUGGCUCCCAUGGCACCGCUUCCAGGACCCUUUCGAGAAGGCCGAAUUCGGAACUUCUACCCAUCCAAGGGCUAUGGCUUCAUCGAAGUGCCGAUGGGUCCAGAUGUCUUUUUCCUGCCUAGUGCUUUGCCAAAGGACCUCCUGGACUCAAGGCAGCCCUUGGAAGGCCUGGAGAUCUCCUUUGAGCCGAGCACCAGCGAGGAAGGAAAGCCGAGGGCCAGGAACAUCCGGCCGAUUGGGCAUCGCGGGGGCCCGCCGAAUCAGAGGCCGGGUUACCAUUUUUUUUAUUCGAAUCCCGCCCUUAGCCAGUGCUUGCACUGGAAGUUCGGCUCGAAGUUUAUGGCGCCGGCACCCACAUCUCCCAUCACCAGGGCCAGUGUCGACACGAUCAUCUUCGUGGAUGUUGACGGUGUGCUCAACGUUGGAAUCCAAGACGACGACAAACCUCCUCUGCUUUUCCGUGAUGAGGAUGUCUACACUGCGCUGCGGCUCGCCAAAAAGGGCUACAACGGCCCCGAGGCAAGCUGCGUGGAGAAGCUAAGCGCCCUAGCCGAACACCAGGUUGGAUUCAAGGAGAAUGGCACCUACGACAAGCUGAUGACCCGUAGCGGUGCUGAGUUGACCGAUCUUCUGGUCCAGCGACUGGCAAAGCUCAUCGCGCUGGCGGGCCCAAACACCAAGGUCGUGCUCUCGUCAAGCUGGCGCAGGCCGCACCACCGAACCCGCCGCCGACAGUUGGAGGAGUCUCUGGCACAGCACCUGGGCAAAUCGUUCCGCUUCCAUUCCGUCACGGCUUUGUACCGUGAGGAAAAGACGGCGGCUGAUCGCCUGGAGACUGUUGGCGACUACCUCGCCGAAUUCUGCCAUCGCCGCGAUGAUGUGACCAGCUUGCGAGUUGUGAUGCUGGAGGAUUUCUUCAUCACGCCAUUGGACGGAUGGAAGCUCAAAGGCCGGGCCAUCAAGAACCCGAGCGACGCUGAACGCUACCUGGACAGCCGUGCCCGCAGCAUGUCACCAGCUCUGAGCGUCCAGUCGAAGCUCUGCCAUUGCUAUGACCACGUGAAGACUAGCAGCGGACUGCGAAUGCAGGUGGGCACGGGCUUCACGCAACAGCUGUUUGAAGAGGCCAGUGCCUUCCUUGACCGCGAGAAGCAGGAGGAAUCGGCUGAAACGAACCAAGGCGAGCAGGAGCAGAACUUCCUGCCAUCCCUUGUGCAGCGUGUGGUGCCAGAGGCCAAAGUGGAGGAGCCCAGCAUCAUGCAGAUCAUUUCAGCCUUUGUCCCUCCAGUCAGCUCAAUGGUCAGGGCCUUUUGA